UAGAUCGUGUAGCUGAAUUUAACCAAAUGCCUCGAGCACUGAAGCGAAUUGGUGGCUCCCUCUGUUUCACCCCCUUCUUUCGCUUUUCUCACCCCCUCUUGUCCAGGCUUUUAUUCAAAUUUGGGUCAGGGGUGAGGAUUCUUCACGUCACAAGCUUGCAAGAUGGCGCUCGCAGAGCUGUGAGAUGAGAAAACAGGAUGGCUGUGUGAAGAGCUUCGGUCGAUUUACUGAGGUUUCUAGGUGAAGAAAAAAAGCUGGAAAUGGAACUGCCAAAUCAUGCCAAACAAUUGCUGCUGCAGCUGAACCAACAAAGAGCCAAAGGUUAUCUGUGUGAUGUGAUUAUAGUUGUAGAAAAUGCCCUCUUCCGGGCACACAAGAACAUUUUGGCAGCCAGUAGUAUCUACUUUAAGUCCCUUAUCCUUCAUGACAACUUAAUUAACCUCGACACAGAUAUGGUCAACCCGUCGAUUUUUCGGCAGGUACUGGACUUUAUUUACACUGGCAAGCUUUUGUCCUCGGAUCAGGUCAGUGACCACAAUUUUAAUGCCCUCCUAACGGCAGCAAGCUACCUCCAACUUCAUGACCUAGCUGCUCUCUGCAGAAAAAAGCUGAAACGCAAUGGCAGAUCCCUCCACAACAAACCCACAACUCCUACCAAUGGAAGAACUACUAGGAACCAAAGGUUGUCCUCCACACCUGUUACUCCAAACCAAGUUUCAGGGUUUAAGGACAGUGAAAAAACAAAGAGACAUGAGGAGCUACUCAAAGAUGAGUUGUCAGAGGAUGAGGUUUUUGUCAGGAAUGUCCAGUGUGCAAACCCAGCCAACUCUCUUAGUCCCUCUACUAGUAAGAAUGGGAGCAAUGGCCUCAUUACCAGCAGUGGUGGCCUCUUGGAGCUUGGCCUGGAUCUCUCUAAGAAAAGCCCUUCAGGAAGCACAGUCACUGAAGAAGUAAGUCCAAGCAGUAUACCACAAGAAUCACCUCAGUCUGCCUCAGAAUCCACAGCCAACAGUGCCUCGUUUGAUGAUCUCCCCACCAACCCUCCAACCACUGGAGAGCCUAUGGACAUAGGUGAAGCCGAGGAAUGUGACGAGAGCCAGCAUUUUCCAGACCCUGACCAACAAAAAAUUACACGCCCGAUAUCGCGGUCCAGGCGACAAACCAAGGGUGAGGCUCACAAAGGUGAAGAAAUGGAAAGGUCUACUUUGCCCAACGGAGUUGCCAAGAGGCUAAAUGUGGCUGGAGAAAGGCUCUCGGGUGUAGGAAACUCUGAUCUGUCCUACCAGUGUAAGGAUGAGGAAGAAGGACUGGAGAAUGGCCAGGAGCAGAGCGAAGAGAGCGGCCAGAGUGAGAACGAAGGUGGACGCAACAGUGCCAACUACGUGUAUCGGCAGGAAGGCUUUGAGCCUGCCCUCGGAGACAACCUUUAUGUCUGUAUUCCCUGCGGUAAAGGUUUCCCUAGCUCGGAGGAACUAAAUGCCCAUGUGGAGACCCAUACAGAGGAAGAGCUUUACAUCAAAGAGGAGGAAGACGAUGCCUAUCCAAAGGAAGACGAGGCUGAAGCCGAGGACCUGUCAUCACAGACGGUCCAAGUGCGUGGCGUAGAUUCACGACGCUUUUGCUGUACAGUGUGCAAUAAAAGCUACAAAGAUCCUGCCACUCUUCGGCAGCAUGAGAAGACACACUGGCUUACGAGGCCUUUUCCCUGCAACAUCUGUGGAAAGAUGUUCACGCAGCGCGGCACCAUGACGCGGCACAUGCGCAGCCACCUUGGUCUGAAGCCCUUUGCCUGUGAGGAGUGCGGCAUGCGUUUCACUCGCCAAUACCGACUCACCGAGCACAUGCGGGUACACUCUGGGGAAAAGCCCUAUGAAUGUCAGCUUUGCGGGGGCAAGUUCACCCAACAGCGUAACCUCAUCAGCCACCUUCGAAUGCAUACCUCCCCAUCAUAAGCCAAAGACACUUUGAAUGGAAUACCUAGCGCAAAAAGAUUUCAGUACACUGCACACCUGUAUUCUGUGAAGAUGACGGCUAUGAGUGGGCGAUCCAAUGGAGGAUUCACUCUCGGCUUGAGUGAUGUGUGUAGAAGUUCAAAAUAUUAAAACCCCAUCAGUUAAAAGACUAACAUUUUUCAAAAAUUGGUAUGAUUCUGUGGCAUUUUUUUCUUUCUUAAUGCUGCAAAUGUAUGCCUCGGGUACCAAUGCUGUUUUCAGAAUUCCUUGGGCUCUCCAGAUCACUUCAGACCAGCCUAUGCAUUGGUUUCUUUAUUUGCAUCUCUUAGGUAUUGUCCCUAAGUAUACAAUUUCACUUCCUUGGGUCCUUUAAAGCAAGGGCAGGAGCUGGACCACAGAAUAUGUAAAACACUAAUUGAUUAACUAAUAGUUACGAAACUUUUUUAUUCUUUUCAUCCAAAAAGAUAGAUUGAAAUAUAUGAUUGAGAGCUUUUAGAAAUGUUUAUGGUGUUCCUUAAAAGCUUUGUGCAUCUGACCAAACACGUUCACAAGCUUUAGUCUGUACUAUAUGCCCAUUGCCUAUUUCUAUACCAUAGCACAUACAGUCUCAGUUUAAUUCAGCUUGGAUUGUAAUUGCUACAUGAAACAAACUGACAUAAUAGAGCUUCUUUUUUGCUAGCCCUCUCAAUGGCCUGUUAGUUGGCUAACCAUUUCAGUUGUGGCAAAAAGUGGCCAGAAAAAAAUAGGCAGAGUUGGAUGUACCCUGUUCUCCUUCUGUGCUUUGGCAUGGGCAAAUGGGGGGUAUAGAAAAAAGAGGUUCUGUGUUCUUUUAAACUCUAAUGUUUACUCAUAUAAUAUAUAGGGGUUUACUCUUGAUACAAAAAGCCAAAAGUAAUGGUACUUGUUUUAGAUAACUUAUUGUCAUGCUUUAGUGAAUGUUUAAACUGGACGUUCUUUUGAUAUUUCUUUGGGGUGGAUUGAUUUGGGUGAUGGGUAGGAUUUGUUUUUAUUGAGUUUUGAAUGUUCAUUCUGUCGGUACUGUUGUUCAGUUUUGAUUGUUAAGGUUUUUCCUUCUCUAAAAACCUAUUUUAUAGUCUUGUCACAUUACUACCUCUUAAUUCUUAAGAACAGUACAUUCAUUGAUGGAAGAAGGGGGGUGUAGAUGUAGCUUGCCCAAAAAGGUUGUAUAAAAUUUGAGGUUUUCAGAAUGGUCCUAACCUGCCCAUCUCUCAACAAAGGUUUAAUGUUUUGGGGUUUUUUUUGGUUUUGUUUUUGUUUUUAACAUAGUAAAAUUAGAACGUAGCUUGUUGGGUGCAUGUAUUUAAGUUUUAUGUAAAGAAAUCCAAAGAGAAAACUAGUACUGGGGAAAAUGAUUGCUUAUGAACAAACCUUUUUCUGUAGAAUGUCACUACCAAAGUUUUUAGAUUAAAUACAAAAAAUAACAUUUCAGGAGAAAUAAUAUUAUAAAGAUUUUUUUUUUACUUUUAGUUCUCAGUAAUAAGAGGAAUGAUGUGGGAAUGUUAGUUUAUACUGGACAUUGUACUAAAAACCAAUGAACAACUUUUGUAAAACUUCUGCUGAUUGGUGGGCUGGCAGUUUUUUUUUUUUUUUUUUUUUCUUCAAUUUUGAAGUUUACAUUAGUUGAUUUGGUUUGUCGUUAAUUUUGUCUUCGGACGGACUUUAUUGAAGGACUGUAGAAGGACUAAUUUAUUUUAGUUCAGACCAAAAAAAAAAAAAGAAAGAAAGGAGUAAGACAGCAGAAGUAGAAUCUGGAUGAUGGUGUUACAUGGCCACAAUUUUGCAGAAGGUCAUUUAAUGAGGAAUCAAUACACUGGAUUGCCUCUACAUUUAACAGAAAUUCUCUUGGGCUUUUUUUUUUCGGUCUCACAAACUAAUGUCAUUUAUUCAGUUGCUAAGUAUUGUAGAAAUCCUUUGCAUUAUGAAUGACGACUUAUUCCAAAACCCUAGUUGUCGUCUUCGGUUACUGACUCGAGGGGGUCACUGUUACCUUAUCAGAUCACACAGUGGUUGGAGUAUUCCUAUUUUACGGUGGAAUUUUUUAAAAUACCCUCUAUUUACACAUUUUUUUGAUUUAUAGCCAGUUUCAGUGCAUCACAUUCCAUGUGUAAAUUUUACCCUUCUCAAUGCACAUUUUACUGGCAUUCCUUUAUUUAUUUAUUUUUUUUAAUCCAAAGCCCAGUGCAAGUGCUUACUAAUGAUCAUUAGGUACAGCUAUCGUCAUACACUAUACAGUAAUGUACACUGACGUCCUUUUUCCUGGAAUCUGGGAACCAUCUUUCCAGAGACUUAAUCCAAACACCAAACAUAUCAAAGUUCUUACACGGUAGAAACUUCCAGGUUUUUUUUUUAAACAAUUAAUUGGCAUUGUUGAAUUCAUAACAUCUUGCCCUGUCCCAUUUGGUCCUACAUCCCAUUAUGGAAGCUACAUUUGGUGUAAAGUAGGAAUAAUUAAGAAUUUAUUACACACAAUUCAGUCAUUGGGCAACACAUGUUUGGAAACACAUUCUGGUGUUGAAGUACAUGUAUCAGCUCAGGGAGACUUUACUGUGUCUUCCUUGUCACUUCCAUAUACCACAGCGGAUUCCAGGAAAAAGCUGCAAUUUGAGCUCUUGUGUACCUAUCAGCACUUAAGCAGUACAUCAGCGUCACUUUAGAGAUGUGAUGCGUGGCCGAAGUAUUCCAAGCUGUAGUCCAAAAGAGCACGAAAAGGACGGCAAAAUUUUCAAACUGUGACAAUAAUGUUUCUACUUCAGACUUCAGGGAUAGUUCUACAUAUUUUGGAACUGUGGAACUUUCGAAACAACAUUUGUAAGACUGUGUCAAUACUAUUGUCAAUUUCUGUAUUUUAAUGAUGAAAAAACACUAGUUUCCUACAAAAUAGAUUUUAAAGAGCGUUCCCAUUUCAAACGAUGCUUUCAGUAAAAAAGAAAAAGAAAAAAAAAUAUGGAAAUGAAAGAAAAAGGCAAAAAAAAGAAAGAAAAAAAAAGAUAAAAGCCAGAGAUGUACGUGAAAGUUUUACUUUUAAGUUACAGAGUGUUUUAGAACUAAAAAAAAUUAUUAAGCAUAAAGUGUAUAAACAAAUACGAUAAAGCUCAUACCCAAAAUUUCAGACACUCUUCCUAAACCAAAGCACAUACCGAAUGAUUGACAGCUUGUCUGAUGUAAUGAUUCUUGUGUAUAUCUCGCUGUUUACAUAAACACUUACAGUCUCCGACCUCAGGAGAGGAGAGGCCAGUUUGAGCAUGCUUCUUUGUAGAGAUGUCUUAAACUGGGGGAAAAAAAUGUCUACAAUGUCCAUCCCACCCUUGUGUGUGUGUGUGUGUGUGUGUAUUUACUUAAUGUAUUAUUGCAGUUAUUGCAUCCGGUUGUUUCUGUGUUUCUGCUGCUUUCAGAUGUCUACAUGAGUAUGAAUAGAAGCUACAUAACACGACUUUACCUCAGACCAUUUUUAGUGGGGUUGUUAGAGAGAGGAGUCUUGUUAUCCGUUUAAUCUUUGUUUUAUUCAAAUUCAAAUGUGUGUUGUUGUUUUUUUUUUUUAAUAAUCUGAGCCAUUUGCUGAAACCAUAGAAGAAGCAGCUUCCAUGCGACUGGCCUCUCCUCUGAACCACAUUGGUGCAAACACUUAUUGACAGUGUUCAAUAUAUAUAUGUUUUUUUUUUUUGUUUGUUUUUUUUAAUCAAAGAUCUAUUGUCAAGUGAUGAAUGUAUUUAUUUUUUGAUCCUGUUUUCACGUUUGUUAAAGAUUUCACUUUGUGUGAGACAAGGUGUUUUCAGGGUCUUACUUUUUAUUGCUUAAUAUGACGACAAAACAAAUCCCACAAGGCUGGAGGCGUGAGGAAUGUAUGUGGUCCCAUGAAGUGUUCCUGUUCAAGGCUGGAUUGGCUCCAUCCUGAUCCUUCUCUCACUCAAGGCAUGCAUGUGCUCUGGAUCAUGUGUUCUUUUUUUAUUCUUGUACUAAAGACUUGAAGGCUGUGUUUUUGUUUUUUAGUUUUAACAUUUUCCCUGUUUGCUUCUGUCUGUUGAUACACUAUUGGACUUUUUUUAAUUGAACAAGCACUCUUGUCUUGUUUGUGUUCUUUAUUGAAAGCCGUGGUGUUGUCACGCUAUCAUGGUUCAAGGCUCCUAGUCGAUUGCGUUUCCUUUAUUUCUUUAGAGGUUGUGGUGGUGGUGGUGGUGGUGGUGGUGGGGGUGUCCUAUUUACAUAUGACCAACAAAGCCAAAGCUUUUUAAAAAAAGAAUGAACUCUACUCUUUUCUGCUCACCUUCACCUCACUAAGUCCAUCAGCAAAAAAAAAAAAAAAAGCAGCAAGUGGCAUGCAACAUGUGUUGUGCAGUUUGAGACGGAAUAUAUAAUAAGCUUUAUAAAAAUGCACUUUGCGAUUUGACGGCAAGGUCCCACGUCCCCUAAGAAUCAAGAGAGCUUGCUCGGUUAUCUUAACGAUCAUGCGAUCAGCAUUUGGAGACUGAAAAAGAUUGAUCUUUGAUUUGCUGCUAUGAUUUGUAGCCUGUUGCAGCAGUGCUAUGUAUUUCCUGUGUAGUAUUGUCAAGUGUCACACUGCUAAAUGUUACCCAACCACUCGGACCUCAGUAUACCAAACCAACCCCCAAGUAAACCAAAGCCAGCUUUACAAGCCUCUGCAUUUUCCAUAUACUUUUUUUUUAAAAUUUUAAUAAAAUCUAAUUUUAUUUUAUUUUUUUUUUUGCUCGAGGCCAUAUUGCACCUAAUACUGUGUUCCUGCUGCCUAGUUGACCAUUUAGUCCACUGUAUAUUAGCGAGUCUCUGCGCAUUCCACUGUCUGUGUCUCUUUGACUUUAUCGAUAUAUAUAUAUAAUAAUAUAUAUAUAUAUGGGUGUGUGAGAGUGUACAUUCCCACACAAGGGUUACAACUAUUUGUUCAAUUUCUGUCACUAUUAGCGUUUUUUAGCCUUGAACAUGGCUUGCGGACAACAGCACGGUUUUACGUUUCAGUUCCUCAGAGAUCUUUGUAUUCAGGGCCGAGCUACACGAAGCUUGAAGCUCGAAUUGUGUCAUGUGAACACAAAACGAUGUACAGAGGUGAUGUUAUCUCCCGACAGUCUUAAUGUACAGCUAUGAGAAGUCAUUUUAGAAUCAUUAAAAUCUCGAUCAAAAUACUCCA